AUGGCUGCUUCUAGGAUGGCAUAUGCAUUGAAGAAGUGCUUACUACCAUUGAUCACCAGAAGAGGGUAUUCAGCGCCGGCAGCUGAGAAUGUAAAAACGUCUGUUUCAUCAACUGCAACAGUUGUAAAGAAAGUCAUGUUAGAAACUGGGAAAGCAGGAAACAAAACUGUUGCAGCCAUAGAAAAAAAGUCUAACCGAGCCUUUUGGAUGAAAGAUCCAAAAACCGGCAACUGGAUCCCUGAGAAUCAUUUCAAUGAAGUUGAUGUUGCUGAGCUUAGAAAUAAGUUAUUAUCUAAAAAAUAG